AUGCCUGUCAAAGACUACGGUGUUUGGAAGGGGGUGCCCGUUCAUUACGAGGUUGAAAGCGCUUUGGAUGACCCAAGGUCCCCACAUCUAUCGCUCUACUACCAUGAUAACCAAGAAAUGGAGCCACAAUUCGACCUCAAGUAUCGUCAUAAACACAAACACAAACCUCCAAAUAAAACCAAGCCGAAGGAAAUCCCUGGGCUCUUCCGCGCUGCGAUCAACAUCAAAUCUAUUGAUCGGGACAGUCGACUUGCUUAUUGGGUGAAUUAUAAAACAGCUGAGCACAAAAUGGUUCAAAACCUAGCCAACCUGGAUUUCGGCUUUCACCCUCUCGAGGAACUUGAUGGCCAAGGGCUAGACUAUAUCCGAUCUGGCCUGUUUGAUACUAAGAGUGGUCGCGUUCUUCCCCAUGACAUUCCCGGUCCAAACAAUGAUAUGAUUGAUGUCUUGGUGCCUGAAGUAAAGCAAUCAAUUGAGAAACGGGCAGAAGUUUACAUUUUUGGCGCCUGUUUCAAUACAAGAAACGGAAUGCACGAUGUGCAUAUGAACCAGGGCAACAUAGGGAAAUUCCGUCACGAUGAUGGAGUUUUCCAGGAUGGAGGCCUUCUCAUCCAUUAUAAGGACACUGGUCAAUGGACUGGGGUUUUUCUCGCUUUUGCAUCACAAGCUGUGCACACUGACAACGAAACCGGUCAUGCUAUACCGCCAUUGACAUGGGGUGAAUUCCUACCCAAAGAACUCACUGAGAAUUCAGUGGGUAUCAAGGAAGCAUUUAUCAAAAAACAAAAAUCAGUCAGUCUUGCGAACUUUACAAGCCACAAGGUAUCCCUGGCAUCGUGGAAACUCUAUAACUCAGCUGGUCAGGCUCAAGAGCUUCCUGGUGAUGCAGCUUUGAACUCCAUGGCUACCAGAAGCUUUGAAGUACCAAAUCUCCCUCUCUCAAGUGAUGGUGACAUUAUCACUCUUCUUAAUGAGCAAGGGUUGAAGGUGGAUGGCGUGAGUUAUAACUCUCAGCAAGGAAAGUUAGAAGGUAAACCGAUUGUUUUUGCACACUAG